AUGAAUGGGGAUAACUUCAAACAGUGGUUCGAGAACAUUCUCCCUUUACUUGACCCAAAUUCCAUUAUCGUCAUGGACAACGCGCCGUACCAUUCGGUAGAAUUGGAAAAAUAUCCAAAUACCAGUUGGAAAAAAGCAGCUAUAUUUGAGUGGCUCAGUUCCAAGUAUGUCGAUCGCGAACGACCGUUGUCAUCGUUAUUGAAAUCCGAACUUCUGGCGAUAUCAAACAAAAUGCGACCUGAUUCUAAAUCGUAUGUAAUCGACAACUUGGCCAAGGAUAACGGACAUACCGUACUCCGAUUACCACCGUACCAUUGCGAAUUCAAUCCCAUUGAAUUGGCAUGGGCGAUGGUAAAAGGAUACGUGAAGCAGAACAACACCACUUUCCAAAUCGACGAUGUUCGCCAACUAGUAAAUACAGCGAUUGAAAGGGUUACUCCUCAAAAUUGGAAAAAUUUUAUAAAACACGUCAUUGAAGAAGAGUGCAAAAUAUGGAAAGUGGACGAUAUCAUGGACGAUAUGAUAGAUUCUUUGGAACCUUGUAUUAUGACGUUAACAGGAGAAACAACCUCAUCAAAUUCUUCGGAGUAA